AAAAUCGCUUGCGUUUCAACUCCAGUCUGUAACUAGUAUUUCUGCUUGUUGGCUCCACGACUGCAGCUUUGAAGUAACAUGUUGCCUCCAAGAAUGAACCGCAAGAGAAAAGACAAUGAAAAUGAAAAGGAUGGUACCGAAGGUAAUGGAGAUGUGCUUCAACUUUCAAUGGGUUUCAAGGGAUUAGCUCGAGGACAGCUAAUUCCUUUGAGAAAAGUUCGACAGCGACGAAACCCGUCACAGGCACCGCGUGAAGGCAAGAGCGAGUUUAUACCUCCUCCGUUUCCGUGGUCGACGAAUAAGCGAGCAACUAUACAACCCCUAUCUUAUCUGGUAUCAAACAAGAUAUCUACUAUCACCGGAGAGGUGCAAUGCAAGCGAUGCGAGCGUACAUAUGCGAUUGAAUUUGAUUUGCAUCAAAAGUUUUAUGAAAUCGGGAGGUUUAUAAUGGAAAACAAAGCGAUUAUGCAUGACCGGGCACCCGAGAUGUGGAGGAACCCGGUUCUCCCUACGUGUCGGUUUUGCGAGCAAGAGAAUAGUGCCAAACCGGUUAUUGCGAGUAGCAAGAAAGCCAUAAACUGGCUCUUCUUGCUACUAGGUCAGCUACUCGGUUGCUGCACCCUCGAGCAGCUCAGAUAUUUUUGUAAACACACGAAGAAUCACAGGACAGGAGCUAAAGAUAGGGUUCUUUAUCUCACAUAUUUGAGUUUGUGUAAGCAGCUCGAUCCUACUGGUCCUUUUGAUCGUUAAAUGGGAUUGAGUCUAUCAAGUUCUCUGCUAAUGGGUUUAGACGACUACUUAUAAUGAACCUAGAUCUAGCUAGUUUUAUGAAAAGAUACAAUUUGGAUUAUUUAUUAUAUAUGGAAGAGAUCCAUACUCUUUUG